AUGUCUUCCAGGCCGCCGGAUCCGUACGCGAGGCGGCCCUCCACUUUAAACGACCGCCGACCAUCGGUAGACACCCAUCAGCGUCGGGAUAGCCACCAUCGUAAUCCUUUCAGAGAAGAACGCAGAGAAGAACGGCAUUCCGAAAGGACUAUUUCCAGUCAUGCAGGUUCUCUGGCCAACAGGCCACCAAACAGUUGGAAUGAUAGCCAUCACCGGGACCGAGAUCGGGAACGGGAUCAGCAGGAAAGAAGCCGGGAUCGUGAACGGGAUCGUGAACGGGACCCUGGCUUGCCUGAUGCACCUGCAAGAGGCCUGACAGUAAACACACAAACCGCAUCGACAGGCGAACGUGCUCGACCAGACCAUGGACUGAACACCCCGGCCACUGCCUCAUCUCCUACAAACAAUUCCAGGAGUGCCUCAGACGUAGAGCUAGCAAGAUGUCUCAGGGCACUGUGCGACUCUCUUAUCGGUUUUACUGCGCACAAAUAUGACCUUACCCAGGCUGAAAAGGGCCUCACAAAGCGGCAAGCCGACUACAACAAAUCCCUGGCUAAGCAAGCAGAUUUCCCUUCAGUACCAGAACUGCAAAAGAAGUUCUUGGAUGGCGCCACCAAGGAACGCGAUGAAUACAGGCAUAGGGUGCGCACUGCUGAAGAUGGUAUCAAAAAGGCGAGAGAUGGCUUUCUCUCCUGUUUACUGCAGCUGGUGAAGUCUGGUUACUUGCCACCUGCGUUAUUGCCUCCGGCUUCUACAAGCUCGAAGGAGUACGACGAUAAAAUUGCUGAACUAGAGCAAGCCUUAUCAAGCCACAAGAACGACGCACAAAGCAGGAUCAACGCAUUGCAAGAUCUUUACGACGGCCUCAAAUCUAAGAGGCUUCUGGACCAACAAGACAUGGAAUCCCGAUUUAAGGACCUCGAGGACAAAUUUGGCAAACAUCAGCGAGAGUAUGAAAUCAGAAUUGCGAAGCAGCAAGAAGAGUUCACGAAGCAACUCCACACAGAGCUGGCUAAGCAGCGGCAAGACUUUGAGCAGAAACUUGCGAAGCAAAGCAAAGAAAUCCCGAAACAAAACACGAAACUCGAAGAACAGAUCAACAAGACGCAGGCAGACUUGAAGAAAUUGAAGGAAGCCCAAGAGCAGGAACUUAAGACACAGCUAGCCAAACAACAAAAGAAGUACGAGAAGCAACUUGAGCAACAACUUGAGCAGCGACGCGCUACAGCACAAGAUGCUUCAAAGCAAAACUCAGCUACCGAGGUGGCGUCUCUCCGGCAGGAGCUUGCCGACCUACGCACCCAUCUGGGAACCAGAGAACAAGAACUCAACCAAGUCAGAGCCCAAGUUGCGGAGUUCCAGUCCAGAGACCAAGAACUCAGCCAGAUACGAACCCAAGUUGCGGAAUUCCAGCAAAAGAUGGCGAAACAAGAGGAGACACUAGAGAACAUUGAUUUCGAGGGGUUGGAUCAGGCAGCAGAAAUUAUAUCGUUUGGAUUCCCGGCGCUCAAAGACCGCGUUGCGGAUCUGGAGACCAAGACACCUCUGGACGUCUUGGGACUUACCAAACAAGUUGCAGACUUGGGGACAAAAGACACAAAUGUUUCCGGACUUAGCCAACAGGUCGCGAAUCUGGAGACGAAAGUGAUACAAGUUUCAGCGGCCCAAAAGGAGUCCAACAGGAAACUGGAGGAUUUCCAAAACAAGUUCGCUGUUACCUUUGGGCAACUGGUUGAUGCUGAGCGUAUCAGGAUAAACAAGCUCACACAUGAAGUAAACAACCUUAAGCUGAGGCCCACUGCUGGAACGCCAACUCCUCAGGCUGGAGUCAGCACAACAAAUCUCGAACCUCUCCGUGCCGAGUUCAAACAAGCCAAGGCUGAGCAGCAAGCAACGAUCGAAGACAUACAGAAGCAGACGGCGGCGCUGGACUUUGCAAUCAACAAUCUCAGCCAGCGCUUUAACAACAUCACUACCAAGCACGUGGCGGACAUGUUGCUCCAGCAGCUGAUUCCGGAAACGGAAAAGUGGAAGCUAGACCAAGAGGAUCUCCAUAGAGAACUUGACUCGCUCAAACUCAGUGUCAGUAUCUUGGAGGUCAAGACUGCAGGGCUCGGUGUCGAGGCUGAUGUUCAGCGAGGAUUGAAACGGCGCCGAACCGACCUGGACGGGACGAAUCUCGAGCGUCCCGCUUCAACUACUGGUCAGCCAAAUGAUGUUCCAUUAUAG